AUGUCCUCUUCUCGGUCCUGGAAGCCGCUGCCUCUAGACACAUGCACCGAGUGCUGGAGCGCGUCGACCACCCUCAAGCGCUGUUCCGUAUGCCAAGUAUCCAUGUACUGCUCAUCAGCAUGUCAGAAGAAGUCCCGGGAGAGCCACGAGCGCUUCUGCGUGUCAGCGCCCUCACUGCCCACCGGUCCACCGCCCGCACCCAUCGCUGCCGUUCAAGUCUCGGGACCGAACUUCGAGCCGAAAGCCAUUACAGUACCUCCAGGGCACCCAGUCUGGAGUCAGGGCAGCAUUGCACCAGUGUCGCAGUUCGCCGGGAUCCCGCUCUUUGUUUAUCGCGAUACGGAUAAGAAAGAGCAAAAUCAGAGCGCGACGUAUAUGAUGAUCGCGCCUGAGAGCGGACUUGCGCCGCUGAGAUGGGAUCGCGCCGGGACGGUGACAGUUGUGCGAGCCGAUCACGAGCCGCUCACGCCCGUCGCGCUGGAGAUGUACUGGAUGUUUUGCAGCAAGCUCAUCAGCAUGUGCCCAGAUGACGAAGCAGACGCGCAGAAGAUGUGUAACCCAAACGACUUUCAAGCGUUCUGCCGAGAAUACAAGGAAGGAGGGGCCUCUCAAGAAUACAAGGAAGGGGAGGGCUCUAUGAAUGGUGUAGGGGCGCUAGUAGCGCUGGCGUCAGCGUCAGCACUUGUCCUAGCAUUCGCACGGCGCCUGCUAUAUGGAUGA